UGUCAGAAGGUGAAAGUUCUGUGCAAAAUGUGUCAUGGGUCUUAUUUUCGAAAAUUUCUCAGUGUUUAAUAUAGUGCUUAGUAAAUAGAAGAUGCUUAGUUUACUGAAUAAAGAAAGAACAAAGGCAGGAAAAUAUAAUUGAAAAGUCAUAAUUAAAAUUAAGGGCGGAAUGACACGUCACACUUCCAUUGAAGAGUAUGAAGACAUUAAUUCUAGAAGUCUUACCAAUAGCCAGCUUUUAAACAUACUUAAAUAUAUAAAACACCCUUUUUAUUUUUAAGGGUUUCAAAUGUUGAGGCAGCUUUGCACGUAGAUAGUGAUUUUUUACCUUCAGAUAAUAUUUGUGGCCGUCUCUUGCUGCUUCUCAUAUGAAAAAGCAAUUCUUUGGAUGAUGUCCCUGAAAUUAACACUGACACACAUUUUGGGGGGGCAGUUCAGUAUUCUAGUUGCUUUUCCCUGUGUUUCCCUGGGGACUAUAGUUUCUCUGGGUUUCCCAGAGCCACUGGACAGGAAGCUUCUUCUGCCACAUGUUUUGUUAUCUAACUUUAAGAAGACAGCAGUUCACGACCUUUAUAUGUCUAAAUAUUUGGCCUGUGGGAAUUUUUCGGGUUUUCUAAAUAAAGGCUAUCUAUAGCUAUGAGAUAUUAGACUGCAGGAGAGCGUGCAGGUAUUUUGACUAAUUGACAUCAUGGAUGAGGGGAGUGAGACCGAAUUUUGGAAGAUCGUUCCUGUUUUAGACCACUAGGUACCGGAAGAAGUGACAUUUACUUCCGGGGUUGCAGUUUUUUCUCUGUGUAUCACUUCUCAAGUUUUGAAGGCUGAUUAUUUUUGAUUUUCAUGAACUAUAAAUAGUAGCAGUGUUACCCUGAGUUUUACGCUCCUGUGCUUGAUUAUACCAAUAUGGGAUGUUCCAAUGCGUGGUUUCCUAUAGAACUUCUUAGGAUAGUCGUCUUAUAGUAAAUGAGACAGGGGAGGAUUCCCCAAAGAGGGCAGAGGAAAUGAUCACAGAGAAGCUGGUGGAUCCCGUGAUGAGUACGUGCGUUUUCUUCAGCAGGUUCGCUUACCAGGUUAUACCGAACACAUGAAUCCAGCAAAUCAUUCCCAGGUGACAGGCUUUGUCCUCCUGGGGCUCUCUCAGGUAUGGGGGCUUCGGUUCCUCUUCUUUAUUAUCUUCUCUGUUGUGUAUCUUAUGACCGUAGCUGGAAAUCUCCUUAUUGUGGCCAUAGUGACCUGUGACUCACGCCUCCACACAACCAUGUACUUUCUCUUAGGCAACCUUUCUUUCCUAGACCUUUGCUACUCUUCCAUCACAGCACCUAGGAUGCUGUUUGACUUGCUCUCAGACAACCCCAUCAUUUCCUUCGGCAGCUGCCUGACUCAGCUCUUCUUCUUCCACUUCAUUGGAGGCAUCAAGAUCUUCCUGCUGACGGUGAUGGCAUAUGACCGCUAUGUUGCCAUCUCCCAGCCAUUGCGCUACAUGCUUGUGAUGAACCGCACAGUCUGUGGGCUCCUCAUGGUAGCCUCCUGGGUGGGGGGCUUCAUCCACUCCAUUGUGCAGAUUGGACUGACUAUCCAGCUGCCAUUCUGUGGGCCUGACAAGCUGGACAACUUUUACUGUGACGUGCCUCAGCUGAUCAAAUUAGCCUGCACGGAUACCUUUGUCUUAGAGCUUCUGAUGGUGUCUAACAAUGGCCUGGUAACUUUGAUGUGUUUUCUGGUGCUCCUGGGAUCCUACACGGCACUGCUAGUCAUGCUCCGAGGCCACUCAUGGGAGGGCCGGAGCAAAGCCCUAUCCACUUGUGCCUCUCACAUUGCUGUGGUGACCUUAAUUUUUGUGCCUUGUGUCUACAUCUAUGCGAGGCCAUUUCGGACAUUCCCUAUGGACAAGGCGGUCUCUGUUCUGUACACAAUGGUCACUCCCAUGCUGAAUCCUGCCAUCUAUACCCUGAGAAACAAGGAAGUGAUCGUGGCCAUGAAGAAACUGUGGAGGAGGCAGAAAGACCUUCUGGGCCCCCUGGAGCACUGA